CUCUCAGUCCUGCGCUACUGUAGUGUGACCGACUGUACUCUGUCACCUGAAAAUCCUGCCCCUAUUAAACAUGAAGUCCUGCUUUUUCCCAAGCCUACUGAAGCCGUUUGCCAUCAGUACGUGUGACCCCUGAACCUGUUCGAGUGUGUGUGUGCGCGUGCCAGCCCUCCGCCAUAUUCACUGUUAUCUUGCCUUGUGAAAGAACAGGAGCAUUUGCGACUGCCUACAAGAACCGAAACUGUGUUUUUACACCGAACCUGGAGACCAGCCGACGGGCAUAAUACGGACUAAAGCGAUGGCGAGGAAAAAAAGCAAGCAGCAGGGCGUCGGGGCCAAGGAUUUAGUGUCGGGACAGCAGCAGUCGAAGAAGCCCGGCGAUGCAGGAGCAGCAGCGGCGGCAGGCGGCGGCGCUGGCGGUGGAGGAGAUGCAGGAGCGAGCAGGACCAAUCAGUCCAUGCACACCUGCUGCUUGCUGUGCCAUCGGGAGUUUAAAGACUGGGGGGCGGGCCAGGUGAACGGGCUCCCCAGUCACGGCUCCAAACUGGCAGAGGCUGUACCUGCGCUCUCCCAGGCCCUGCUGAGGGAGGUUCCAGGCCGCAAGCUGGCAGACGCUGUGCCUUCGCUCUCCCAGUCGCUGUUGGGUGAGGUGCCGCUGUGGAUCUGCCAGAGCUGCAGGAAGAGUGUGGAAGAGGAGGAGAGGAGAACGAUUCAGGAGCAAACUGCGCAGGUGCCGCUGUCCCACUCGUCCUCGUGUAAGUCUCAGAGCUGUGGGAACGGUUAUCCAGAGCAUAGCUCAGUGGAUUGGGACCCCAGCUCCUUCCUCUCCGCGCGCAAACUGUCUGGCCUGUGGAAUUCAGCUCAUUCUAACGGAGGGUCUCAAUGCAACCACAGCACACCUACGCUUUCACAGAGCGGAACGUUGGGACCAGCUUGCCAUGAGAAGAGAUCCUCUCAUGACGCUCCCGGGAAGGCUGCCAAAACAUUCGGGACUAAAGUCUGUCCCUACAGUCAUCCCGCAUCCCAGAAUUCUAAUGCGGCUUCUCCUGGGACACUGUCUGCCUCCACUGAUCUAUGUAAGACCAACCCCAAGCACUUCAAGACAAUGUGUCGACGACCAACUCCUCCAGGUGAGGCGUUCCACCCAAAUGACCACCACCAAGCUGCAGACCUGUCAGUGCCGCCCAACAGUCCAACAGGCCUCUCAUCCCAGCAUUCCUCGCUGCUGCCUCCCAAACAAAACUCCAGUCAGCAUGUUCACGUCAACUCCGCUAGUUCGGGGCUGCCUUCACACGCUCCCUUCUCCCCGCUGGUACCAAACAUUCACACUCCCGCAGCCAAGCACUCGAGUGGGGCGGACAGUCCGGUAGCCCUACACAAGCCCAGCGCCUGCAAGAACUCCCACAUUCCCGCUGUUAACACACAACACGGCAAACUCAGCAACUCGCUCAUAGGAUGCAGUCACCCGUGCAACGGACACAGUAACGGCAGCUCUGUAGCCUCCUCCAAUGCUGGCCAUUUAACGUCUGGGGCGUGCAGGGACCAGGCGUGUAAAGGGCACAAGAUGCCCAACGGGUCAUUGUGUCACGCUCCGCCCUGUGAGCUUGAAGAAGGAGAUGAUGAAGACAGCAGCUCGGAGCGCAGCUCUUGUGCUUCCUCCUCCAACAAUCAGAAGGACGGGAAAUACUGUGACUGUUGUUACUGCGAGUUCUUUGGCCACAAUGCGCCUCCGGCCGCCCCCACCAGUCGGAACUAUGCUGAGAUCAGGGAGAAGCUUCGGUCCAGGCUGACCCGCCGUAAAGAGGAACUUCCUCAGAGGCAGGAUCUAGACCCGGCAGCACCGAGUGCCAUAGACCAUCGAGACGUGGAUGAACUAUUAGACUUCAUCAACAGCACAGAGCCCAAGCCUGUCAACAGCGCCAAGGCUGCAAAACGGGCACGGCACAAACAGAAGAAAAAGGAGAAGGAGAGGGCUCUUCAGGGCAGUGGUGAGGCGGCCAGCAGCGAACCCCGCUCGGCAUCUCCCCCCGACCCCAUAGAAGAUUCAACUCCAGACGGGGAAGCGAACAGACUGUUGGAGUGGCCUCAGCUGGAGCUGGAGCGAGUUAACAGUUUCCUGACCAGUCGUCUGGAGGAGAUCAAAAACACCAUAAAAGACUCCAUCCGUGCCUCCUUCAGCAUGUACGACCUCAACCUGGACGUCAACGACUUCCCGAAAAAGGCGGCGACACUGGAAGGGAACCAUCUGCUGUCUCACCUCAAUGGAUCUUCUGAUUUGCAGCAGAUAGACUUGGAUCUGGCGCCCCUCUCACUGAGGAACUUCAAGAGAGACCUGGAUAUAGUAAACGGUUGGGAGGAUACCACCACUGCAGCCAAAGACAUCCAGAGGCUUCACUCCACGCCAAGUCUUUCCAAGCUCAUCCGUGUGCGGUCACCAGAACGAAGCCCAGCCACGGGUUCAGAGUCCAUCCAGCCUGGCAUCGCAUCUGUCGCCAAGCCCAAUGAUUCGGCCCUUGAAACCAAGCCCACAACUGGAGUCGGAUCCAAGACAAAGAAGGGUAAGAAACAGCAGAAUCAGAGGCACCAGGAGCAGGCGACUCAGGAGCAGGUGACCAGUAUAAAAACAGCAAAAACUGACACGCACAAAGCGCAGGAAACAAGGGGAGCUGAUUCAGAUAAAAGCACCAAAGGUGGAUCCAAACAGAACCACCAGACUCAGCAGCAGGCAGACUCACAGAAAACAGGAAAUAAAAGAGCAGAAGAGGUCAAAGCUUGCAAGCAGUCAUCCAAUGGAGCCUCAAACGGUCAUCAUAAUACAGGGUCUAACACACAGAGGGGGAAGAACGACCUCUCGGAGGCACGGGGAAACAGGUCGGAGCAUGACGUAGACACUAAAACCAUCUCCAACACUUCCAGUUCACAACCGAAGGGAAAGACUAAAAAUAAGAACAAAAACAAGACGGAAAAAUCGAAUACCGCAAUCGAUGAUGUGUUCCUUCCCAAAGACGUCGACCCUACGGAAAUGGACGAGAUUGAUCGUGAGGUUGAAUAUUUCAAGAGGUUUUGCCUUGACUCUGCUAAACAAACCCGACAGAAGGUGGCCGUGAACUGGUCCAACUUCAGCCUCAAAAAGAUGCCCUCAAAUGCAGCUCAGUAACAGAUGGGUGAUGGUAAACAGACCCCUUCCCCUCCCCUCCCAGCAAGACUGUACUGAAAACCAGUUUGGCCUUUGGUUAAUGUACUUAACACCUGAUGGGCCUAAGGUUUCUCCCUCUCACAGCCCUUUCUGCCUCUAUGCCACGGGACCUUGAUUUGACCACCAGUCAUCAAACACGUUUUCAUUUGACCUGUUGUUCAAGGGGGAUCACACUGCAUCCUGACCUCAGUCCGAGAACUAGCAUCCUGUCAUCGUUAAAACACAUUCGGGUACUGAUCUAGUGCAUCUACAUGCUUUAUAUGUCGUAUGUACACAGUUGUUUUACAAUAAAAAUGUUUUAAAUUCA